CAGGUUCUAGUUUGUUUCUUGUUCUUUUUUCCUUCAAGCGGCGUAUAACCUCUUUGCUUCUGCUGGAGAGGCAACUCAUGUGUUAUUUUUUUCAAUAUUAUAUUUUGUUGAAUCAUUACAUUCAAAUAUAGAAAUGGCCAGUAGAGUUGUUGGGUUCCAAAAGGUUGGGACCAGGUUUCUAGCUAAGCAAGCGAAACGACUCUCUUGGAAUAGUCGUCAUUUUGCAACUCAAACAGACCCACCUAAAGUACCUAUUGAUCGUUCAGAGUUGGGAUGCAAGCAGCCACCGUUGUCAGAACCAUUACCAGGCAUUCCUACGCCAAAUUAUGCCAAAGUAAAAGAGGAUAAUUCUCAAACUAGAUACACAGUACUUCCCAAUGGACUGCGAAUAGCAUCAGAAACUCGCUUUGGGCAGUUUUGUACAGUUGGAGUUGUUAUUGAUUCUGGCUCUAGGUAUGAAGUUGCAUAUCCAAGUGGAGUGUCACAUUUUUUGGAAAAGCUUGCAUUUAAUUCAACUUCUAUUUAUUCAGAUAGAAAUAGAAUAAUGGCAGAACUAGAAAACCAUGGGGGUAUCUUUGACUGUCAAUCUUCAAGGGAUACAUUUGUUUACGCCAUUUCUGCAGAUAGUAGAGGGCUUGAUGCCGUUACUAAUAUUUUAGCCGAAGUUGUUCUGCGACCUCAGAUUUCUGCGUCGGAGAUUGAUGUCACUCGUCAAGCAAUUCAAUUUGAACUGGAAACAUUAGGGAUGAGACCCGAACAAGAAACAUUGCUCAUGGAUAUGAUACAUGCUGCUGCAUACAGAGACAAUACCUUAGGUUUACCAAAGCUUUGUCCUGAGGCAAAUGUACAAAAGAUUGAUCAGAAACUUCUCUUCUCAUACCUUAAAAAUCACUACACUCCUUCAAGAAUGGUCAUUGCCGGAGUUGGUGUUGACCAUGAUCGUCUUGUAGAGAGCGUCCAAAAGUAUUUUGUGGAUGAAAAGGCAAUCUGGGAGAGUAACCGUGAUCUCGUUCUUCCCGGAUCAUCCAAAGUAGACGAGUCAUUUGCUCAGUGGACUGGUGGCUUGGUGCAGGAAGAAUGUGAAAUCCCACAAUUUGCGGGGCCUUCUGGUUUACCUGAACUAGCACACGUAGUGUUGGGACUUGAAAGUUGCUCUCAUCAAGAACCUGAUUUUAUUGCCGUCUGUGUCCUCAAUAUGAUGAUGGGUGGUGGAGGAUCAUUCAGUGCUGGGGGCCCAGGCAAAGGGAUGUACACGCGAUUGUAUACCAACGUACUGAAUAGGUAUCAUUGGAUGUACAAUGCCACAGCCUACAACCACGCAUACAUGGACUCUGGCUUAUUCUGUAUUCACGCGAGUGCACCUCCUACUCACGUCCGAGAGUUGGUAGAAGUUAUAACAAGAGAAAUGGUUGCCAUGGCUGGUUCUGUUGGAAGUUCAGAGCUUAGAAGAGCAAAGACCCAGUUACAAUCAAUGCUUCUUAUGAAUCUUGAGUCAAGACCAGUUGUAUUUGAAGAUCUGGCCCGCCAAGUUCUUUCUACUGGCGAGCGCAAGAGCACAAAGUACUUCAUUGAAGCCAUUGAGAAUAUCUCUGCUGAUGACAUCCAAAGAGUUGCUCAGCGCCUGCUUCGUUCUUCACCAGCAGUUGCUGCGAGAGGUGAUGUUGCCAAGAUUCCUCAACUUAGGGACGUCCAGACCGGUCUCAUGGACCCCCAGGGUCGUAUCCCGGGCGGUCGUCAUCGCAUGUCGCUUCGCUAGAACGUGUUCCAUUUACUGUUAACGAUUCGUCAUAAAAUAAAAUCUUACAAUGUUUGUUA